AUGGCGUCCAUCGAACACUCCCUGGUGAUGGUUCUUUCGAGCCUCCUCGUCGCCGGCGGUUACAGUUUCCCCGGCCUCCCUGCCGAUUCUCUGCUUGUUGCUGCAGGACAGUGGGAGUGGAAGACGGCGGGAGAGGCAGGCCAUGAAUCUCCUCCACUGGCCCGUCGAAAGAGGGAAAUUGGGCUUCCCAUAGAAAGCUCUAACAAGUCUACCCUGGCGGCAACAAUUCCCCUGAUACUGGAAGAGGAAACCACAGAACCUUUCACGGUGCCCACAACUCAGUCGCUGGAGGAAGAUGAAACCACUCCACCAGGGCUGGCUGGAAAAGGCUCUUCCGCUGAGACCACGGCAAUGUCGAGCCCCCCCAGAGACCCUUCCACAGAAGCUCCUGUUGCCCCCCUCACCACCGUGGUGAACACAGCACCGCUUCGCGGCCAAAUGACCCCUGCCGGCCUCAGCGAAGGCUUCACCGAGACUGAAGAUACCCAAGAUGGCAGCCGUCCUUCUCACACCAUGGAUACCGCACAACGUAACUCCACGGCAACCCCUCAGACUUCGGCGGGCUCCUCGGCUCCUUCCGUAGUGACCUUGGGGCCUGUUUCAAAGUCCGGUGCAAAAACAAGAGGAAGCACCGGCUCUUCUCUCUCGCCACCCAUGGCCAAGUCCAGGCCAAUCCCCACCGUCCAGACGGGACCUCCCUCCAAAGAGGCCCCCCAAGGCCCUGACAAGAUGCUCGGGCAGUGUUUGCUGGCCAUUUCCCUCCUGGCCCUGGCCGCCGGCGUCUUCAUCAUCGCCACCUUCGUUCUCGCCACCCUGCUCUUGCGCCAGAAACGGGCCUACAAGCUCCGAAAGCAGCACAGCCACACGGAGAUGGUGUGCAUCUCGUCCCUGCUGGCUGCCGAAGAGGCGGAAGCUUCUGGAGGAAGGCUCUCCCGGGUCAGAAGGGCUCCCCUGGGCCAGAACGGAUCCGAGACAGAUCUGGACAAUUUAACUCUGAACAGUUUCCUGCCCGACCAUUAA